CUGCAGACGGCAGCCUGCUCUCCACUGCACUGGCGCUGUUUACUGGAAGCCCGCUCCGCGCUGCUUCCACCAAGUGUCUCAACACUGUGAGCGGGAUCUUUUCCAGAGGCGAGCCGCUGAGACAGAGAGAGGGGGACAGAGGGAGAGAGAGAGAGACAGACAGACAGAGAGAGGGAGAGAGAGAGAGAGAAAAAAAAUACAACCAAAAAAAAAAAAAAAAAUCCCAACAACUUCACACAGUCUCACUCAGGAGGAGCCAGGGAGAGAGAGAGAGAAGGAAGGAAAGACAGAAAGACUGAAAGACAGACAGACGUCGGCGGGUGCGAGAAGUAGCGAAGAGCGGAGAGUCUUCUCCUCCUCCUCCUCCUCCUCCUCCUCCAAAGCCCCACUCGUGUCUGUCCCUCUCAGUCACUCUGUUUUCUGGGUCCCCGGGCUCCGCGUCUCCCCUCCGUCUUGUUUUGCCGGCUCCGGGAAGUGAGGCGCGCAAACAAGGAGAGCCCGAGCAGUGAGACGAGGUGCGCGGUUGAUGUGUUGAUGAGGCAGGACUGAGCAGCAUUUUUUUUUUCUUCCUUUUUCUUUUUUAAUUAUUUAUUUUUUUGUUUUGUUUGUUUUUUUGUUUUUUUUUUUUUGCUCGGCCAUGGAAGUGUGUGUCCGGUGCAGGGGAAUGUACGGGCUGAGAGGGGGACCUGCCGCCUGAUCGCCAGCCUCUCUCGUCCCAGAUCAGGGGAGCAUGCCUCAGAGCUGCACACUCACUCUCUCCGCUGCAGAGGAGUUCCCAUCAGACUCUCGUUCCACAAUCUGACCUGUUUUUUUCUUUAUUUUUUAAUCUUUUUUUUUUUCUUUUUUUUUCUUUUUUUUUUUUUUAUAAUACACAUCCUUUACUGACUUCAUCUCAGCCGGUCAGGCUCCACUGCUAUUCCACCAAAGGUGACGGGAUCAAUGAUGAGCAUCUCUGAGACCAGCUGGCUUGGACUUUUUUAAUCAGAGCCUUUUAGUCACAACACAAACCUGCCACAAACCAUCAACACCAGGCACCAUGGCAUGCUCCCUGUGGAAACUACAAACCUUCUGCUGGUUUCUCAUCACACUAGCCCAAGUGCACUCCACGGAGGGGUUUAGUCGAGCUGCCCUGCCGUUUGGCUUAGUACGGAGAGAGCUGUCUUGCGAGGGCUACCCCAUUGAUCUGCGGUGUCCAGGAAGUGAUGUCAUAAUGAUCGAAAGUGCCAACUAUGGCCGAACGGAUGACAAGAUCUGCGACGCCGACCCUUUCCAGAUGGAGAACAUCAACUGCUAUCUUCCAGAUGCCUACAAGAUCAUGUCGCAAAGAUGCAACAAUCGGACUCAGUGCAUUGUGAUCACGGGUUCAGAUGUCUUCCCUGACCCCUGCCCAGGGACCUACAAGUACCUGGAGGUCCAGUAUGAGUGUGUGCCCUACAGUCCAUGCCCAACCAGAAUAGGACCAAGAACACAGAAUGUAUCCUAUCGCAACUGCCCCGAAGUGGAGCAAAAAGUUUUUCUUUGUCCUGGGACUCUGAAAGCUGUCGGUGAUCCUUCCUUUCUAUUUGAAGCGGAGCAACAAGCCGGCGCCUGGUGCAAGGACCCGCUGCAAGCAGGCGACAAAAUCUACUUCAUGCCUUGGACUCCUUACAGGACAGACACUCUCAUUGAGUAUUCCUCCCUGGAUGACUUCCAAAAUGCCCGGCAGACCAUCACCUACAAGCUGCCCCACCGGGUGGAUGGAACCGGUUUUGUGGUCUACGACGGGGCCGUGUUCUUCAACAAGGAGCGUACCCGCAACAUUGUCAAGUUUGACCUGCGGACUCGAAUCAAAAGCGGCGAGGCGAUCAUCAAUAACGCCAACUACCACGACACGUCGCCCUACAAGUGGGGCGGUAAAACAGACAUUGACCUGGCAGUAGACGAGAACGGGCUGUGGGUGAUCUACGCCACAGAGCAGAACAACGGCAUGAUGGUCAUCAGCCAGUUGAACCCCUACACGCUCCGUUUCGAGGCUACCUGGGACACGGCCUAUGACAAGCGCUCAGCCUCCAAUGCCUUUAUGGUUUGUGGAGUACUGUAUGUGGUGCGCUCCACCUAUGAAGACAACGAAAGCGAGGUCAGCAAGAGUCUGAUCGAUUACAUUUACAAUACCAAACAGAACCGUGGGGAAUACGUUGAUAUCCACUUUCCCAACCAGUACCAGUACAUCGCAGCUGUGGAUUACAAUCCGCGAGAUAACCAGCUCUAUGUGUGGAAUAAUUUUUACAUCCUGAGAUACAAUCUGGAGUUUGGCCCACCUGAUCCAGCGCAUGCUCCGCCGCUGUCAGAAGUCACCACGUCCCCUCAGCCUCAGAGAACUACAACAACCACCACAACAACCACAGUGCACUGGGGUGUGGCCAACACUACCACCACAACAGGGCUCAAGGAGGGCAGCAGGGGAGCGCCCAAGCCGCCUCCUGUGAUUCCACAGACUACUUCCCCUCCACCUCUGGAGUCCUUCCCUCUACCCGAGCGCUUCUGCAAGGCCACCGAGGAAAGAGACAUAACGUGGCCUCAGACCCCGAGGGGCAUGCUCGUGGAGCGACCUUGCCCCAAGGGAACGCGAGGCACAGCCUCUUAUUUAUGUGUCCUUUCCAAUGGGACCUGGCACCCCAAGGGCCCUGAUCUGAGCAACUGCACCUCCCACUGGGUCAACCAAGUAGCCCAAAAGAUCCGCAGCGGUGAAAACGCCGCUAACUUGGCCAACGAGUUAGCCAAGCACACCAAAGGCCCCAUCUUCGCCGGGGACGUCAGCUCCUCGGUGCGCCUGAUGGAGCAGCUGGUGGACAUCCUGGAUGCUCAGCUGCAGGAGCUCCGGCCCAGCGAGAAGGAUUCUGCGGGGAGGAGCUUCAACAAGCUUCAAAAACGAGAAAGGACAUGCAGGGCAUACAUGAAGGCCAUCGUGGACACGGUGGAUAACCUCCUGCGACCGGAGGCCUUGAAGUCCUGGCAGGACAUGAACAGCACGGAGCAGACGCACGCUGCCACCAUGUUACUGGAUACCUUGGAGGAAGGGGCCUUUGUCCUCGCCGAUAACCUCAUGGAGCCCGCCAUCGUCAAAGUUCCUGCAGACAAUAUAAUCCUGGAUGUGUAUGUACUCAGCACCGAUGGCCAGGUCCAGGAUUUUAAAUUUCCACAAUCCAGCAGGGACGGCAUCUCAAUCCAGCUUUCGGCGAACACCGUAAAGCUCAACAGUCGGAACGGAGUCGCCAAGCUGGUUUUUGUGCUCUACAAAAACCUGAGUCAGUUCCUCAGCGCCGAAAACGCCACCAUCAAGAUGGCCAACGAGGCUUACGGCCGCAACGUGUCGGUGGUCGUCAACUCUGACAUCAUCGCCGCCUCCAUCAACAAAGAGUCCAGCCGUGUAUUCAUUAAUGACCCGGUGAUUUUUACCCUGAAGCACAUUAAUAUGGAUAACUACUUCAACUCCAAUUGCUCCUUCUGGAAUUACUCUGAGAGGAGUAUGAUGGGCUACUGGUCCACCCAGGGCUGCAAACUCCUGGACUCCAAUAAGACACACACCACCUGCUCCUGCAACCACCUCACCAACUUCGCCAUCCUCAUGGCGCACCGUGAAAUCUCAGGUACCAACAUCGUGCACGACCUGCUUCUGACCGUCAUCACUCGGGUCGGGAUCGUGGUGUCCCUCGUCUGCCUCACCAUCAGCAUCUUCACUUUUUGCUUCUUCCGAGGCCUGCAGAGCGACCGCAACACCAUCCACAAGAACCUGUGCAUCAAUCUCUUCAUCGCAGAGUUAAUAUUCCUAAUUGGCAUCGAUAUGACGAGACCCACGAUUGGAUGCGCCAUCAUCGCCGGGAUCCUCCACUUCUUCUUCCUGGCUUCCUUCUCCUGGAUGUGUCUUGAGGGGGUCCAGCUGUACCUCAUGCUCGUGGAGGUCUUUGAGAGCGAAUACUCCCGGAAAAAGUACUACUACGUCUCCGGUUACCUCUUCCCCGCCAUCGUGGUCGGCGUCUCCGCAGCCAUCGACUACAAGAGCUACGGGACCGAGAAAGCGUGCUGGCUAAGUGUGGACAAUCACUUCAUAUGGAGUUUUAUAGGACCUGUCACCUUUAUCAUCAUGCUCAAUCUCAUCUUCCUGGUCAUCACAAUGUACAAAAUGGUGAAGCACUCCACCACCCUGAAACCAGACUCUAGCCGACUGGAGAAUAUAAAGUCCUGGGUCAUGGGAGCCUUCGCCUUGCUGUUCCUGCUGGGUCUCACGUGGUCCUUCGGCCUCUUCUUCAUCAACGAGGCCUCGAUCGUCAUGGCGUACCUCUUCACCAUAUUCAACACCUUCCAAGGAAUGUUCAUCUUCAUCUUCCACUGCCUCCUUCAGAAAAAAGUCCGCAAAGAGUACAGCAAGUGCUUUCGCCACACGUACUGCUGCGGAGGGCUGCCGACCGAGAGCUCGCACGGCUCUGCGAAGACUUCUACUACACGGACCAGCGCUCGCUACUCCUCUGGUACACAGAGUCGUAUCAGGAGAAUGUGGAAUGACACCGUAAGAAAGCAAUCUGAGUCCUCCUUUAUCUCAGGUGACAUCAACAGCACCUCCACCCUUAACCAAGGAAUGACCGGGAAUUAUCUACUAACAAAUCCUCUUCUUCGACCACAAGGCACUAACAACCCUUAUAACACCUUACUGGCUGAGACAGUCGUAUGUAACACCCCCACGGCUCCAGUGUUUAACUCGCCAGUGACCUACAGAGAGACAAGGCACUCACUGAACAAUGCGGUGAGGGAUACAAGUGCAAUGGAUACACUACCGCUAAAUGGUAACUUUAACAAUAGCUACUCACUUCGCAAUGGGGACUUUGGCGACAGUGUGCAGGUAGUAGACUGUGGCCUCAGUCUGGACGAUGCUGCCUUCGAGAAAAUGAUCAUCUCCGAGUUAGUACACAACAACCUGCGUGCCUGUAAUAAAAGCCACCAACAGCAGCAGCAGCAGCAGCACCCCAGUUUACAUCACCCGCCCCACCACCAGCAGCCCCCGCAGUACCACCAUCACCAACACGCGGAGCGGGCUCCGCCAAAGGUGACGGUUGUAGGCGGCGGCGGCGGCAGCAGCAGCAGCGAAGAUGACGCCAUCGUCGCCGACGCUUCGUCUUUGGUGCACGUGGGUGACACAGUGGGCCUUGAGCUGCACCAUCAGCAGGAGCUGGAGGCGCCGCUCAUCCCCCAGCGGACUCACUCGCUUCUGUACGCGCCCCAGAAGAAGGUGAGGACCGAUGGGGGAGUUGACACCUUUGUCAGCGAGCUGACACCCACUAACCCCGACGACAGUCUGCAGUCCCCAAACAGAGACUCCUUGUACACUAGUAUGCCUAAUCUGAGGGACUCUCCAUUGCCCGAGAGCAGCCCUGAAGUGGUGGAGGACCUGUCCCCCUCCAAGAGGAGUGAGAACGAGGACGUUUACUACAAGAGCAUGCCUAACUUAGGGGCUGGCCACCAGCUCCAAGCCUAUUACCAGAUAGGCCGAGGGACCAGCGACGGUUACAUUAUUCCUAUCACUACAGAGGGCUGCAUCCCUGAGGGCGAUGUACGGGAAGGACAGAUGCAGUUAGUGACAAGCCUUUAAAUGUAUUUAAAUCACCCCCAAACCUCCUCCUGCCCUUUUGCAGUUUUGACCUCUUGGAGGUCACACAAGUGAAGGGAAAGGAAAGUGUUUGUUUUAUUUUUGAAGAGAGCUUCGAAGCCCCAUCAUACAAACCCCGCUCCUCCAGCUGCAUCGCCAUCUCCCUCCAGCUGCAUCGCCAUCUCCCUCCCGCCCAGUCAUGCCUCUCUUCUUACCCUCCCUACAGACCGACAGACUUGGUGCACGGUGAUGGCAGUGCAAAGUUUCAGUGAGACUGUACAUAAAAUGCAGAGUCGAAUUUCAAUUUUAAGAGACAAGCCAACUAUGUAUUUAAAUGUGCUGCUGCUGUUGAAUAAUUGAGAAAAAUUUAAGGUACGAAAAUAAAAAAAUAAAAAAUAAAAAAAGACCAAAAAAAAAUAAAAAUGCUACAUCAGAUCAGCAAUUUCCCGGUCAAAAGGUUGUACAUACACUCCCCAACAUCCUUGUUGAAGCCUGGUUUUUUUUUUUGUUUGUUUGUUUUUUUUAUUGUAAACGAUACUACACCCCCGGACCAGGACAUGGACUCUGUUUGUAAAAUGUUCCUGAUCAGACUGUUAGAAAAGGAAUAUAAGGUCCUGGCUGCCCAGAGUCUCCAUCACCAUGAAGUUUGGAUUGUAUAACCACUAGCAAUCAAGCCCCUGGCCUUAUAUUUUCUCAACUGUACAUUGAACUGUUGUCAAGGAAAAUGGCUAAAAUAUAUAUUUUGUUGUAUUGCUAGUGUAAAAUAAAAAAAUCAUGGGAAAACCGUAAAUAUGAAGAAACCUUUUAAUUGCAAAAUUUAACGUUUGAGAGACUAUUGUGUAGAAGUUGCACAUAUGUUAUCCAGUGUGUUUAUGGUUCCAACACUUCAUUCAUGGUAGUACGUUUCAACGUAAAGGCUUAAGAAAAAGUAAGGAGGAUUUAACAAUCUACAAAGAUGCAUUAUCACUUUUUUCCACUUGUGAACAGUGUUUUUUGCUUACCGAGUUCCAUUGAGAUCGCCCAUUGAACUAUUUUGAUUUUGCCAAAGUACCAUUUACUUAGUAGGGUGGGAAUGCAAAAACCCAGUUAAAGUGAUUUAUGCAUUGCACAGUUUUUUUGUGUGAUUCUGAAUGAAACGGAUCUUUUUAACAGUCAUGGCAGAGUGACGGGCGAGCGCAAAGGAACUUCCGACAAUAAAGUUUCUAUCAUAAAUGUAGUUCUUCCGCCUGGGUUUGGACAUUUUAUUUAUUGAAAUCUUUCCAAAAAAUAAAUGGGAAAUGUGUGAAUGUUUUCCAGCACUGGUAUACAUGCUGUACUGUAGCUCAUGUUUUCUAUGUAAACAUGUUACCAAGGGGCUCAUCACUUAAGACUGAUGUAAAGAUCAACACUUGUUUAACAAAUAAAAUAAAUGUGAGAUUUUUUGUCAAAUGCCAGUUGCUUUUUAAUGGUUUGUGUUUUUGGUACUAUUUGAGAAAAAACAAAAAACAAAACAAAAAAAAAAAAACAGGUUUGAAUUUAUUUUGCUAUGGACAAAAUACACUUUUGACUCAGGUUAUAAGUAAGUCCCGAGCACCUUGAAAGGUAGAGUGGUGAAUUUGUGUUUGCGGGGGGAUUUAUUUGCUUUUUGUUCUGCUUUUUUUCUUCCAUCGCUGCAGAGUAGAGAGAAACUCAUUUCACCGUAUGUGUUAGAGAAGCCAAAUCUUUCCAUGUUGAUUCAAAGAUGAGAAACUCAGGUAGGAAAAUUGCAUUGUAAAUGUUCCUCUGUGUGGUUGUAACACUAAUAAAGGUUCGAAAAUGACACAAUG